UUCCAGUUUUGAUCUGAGAGAGAGAUUUUGGUGGGCACAAUAGUUUGGUGAAAAUGGGAACCCCGGUCUACUUCUUCACGACAAUCAACUCGCUCUCGGCUGGUGGUUUAUGCUAUUCUAUAUUGAAAUUGCGAGCUCAUCCCUUGCCCUUGAAGAAUCCAAGAGAUCUGCUUAUCUGAGUUCACGCCAUAGAUCAAAUCUCUGUGUGAUGGCUAGAGCUGGAGGAAUUACUAACGCUGUAAACGUAGGGAUAGCGGUUCAAGCUGAUUGGGAGAAUCGCGAAUUCAUCUCUCAUAUUUCCAUCAAUGUUCGUCGUCUCUUUGAUUUCCUCGUCCAUUUUGAGGCAACAACAAAGAGCAAGUUGGCAUCUUUGAACGAGAAGCUUGAUACGCUGGAGCGGCGGCUUGAAAUGCUUGAAGUCCAAGUCAGUACUGCAUCUGCUAACUCAUCUCUUUUUACCAGUUAAUGUUUACUCUACCUUGUAUAAAAAGAGACAGCUCCUGUUAUAAUUUUUGUCUUGUUUUCACCAGUGUAAACGAAAUAUGAGGAUCUUGUGUAACCCAAAUUAUGAAAACACAUUGAUGGUAAAAUCAUAUCUGUCUAGUGCUGUUAUACUGAUCUA